GAAAUAUAUUCUGCCACUAACUGACGUACUGUUGUACUUAAGUAUGUGAUCUGUCUGCUGUUUGACAGACGUGAGGAGCAGCGAUGGGUUUAACUGCAGCGACGAGGGGAUUCUUUGUCUUCCUUCUCUCUGUGUCAGUGGUACUUGGUCAGACUGGUUAUGGAGUGACUUACUCUUCUACUCAGAUCUGUGCUGUAAAAGGAUCAACAGUGGAAAUAAAAAGCUCCUUCACAUACCCAUAUAAAGUUGGGCGCCGUUCUACAACUGUGGAGAAAACAUUUUGGUUCACAGGGUCUGAACCUGAUGAUCUGUCGACAGACUCAAAGUAUUCUGGUCGUGUGACUCACAGUUGCAAUGAGAACAAGUGCACUCUGAGAAUCUCAGACUUGAGAGAGAGCGAUUCAGCUGAGUACAAGUUCAUAUUCAUAACAAACCAAGAAGGUGGACGUUUUACUGGUUCACCUGGAGUCACUCUGACUGUCUCAGUUCUCCAUGUAGAGGCCAAGAAAAUAUCUCCAAUAUCGUAUCCUAACUGGGCAGAGGUGAAGUGUCAGAGCAGGUGUCGUCUAUCUGCUCGUUCCUACGUCUGGUACAAGAAUGGAGUGAACAUGAACAAAGACACUGAUUCAAUUCAACAAGACUUUUCUCCUGGAGACACCGUUCUCCUGUGCUUUCAGUGGACAUGA